AUGAAUCGAUGCCAAGGCAACAGCAACUGCAAUUACAACUACAACGGCAGUAACGGCAUCACCAGCUGCAGUAACAACAGCAGUAACAGCAACGGCAUCAGUAGCGGUAGCAGUAGUGGCAAUGUUGGCAAUAGCAGUGGUGUUGGUUAUGAUGCCGACGGUGCCUACGUGAAUGCACAUGUCGCGACAUCACAGUUGUAUUGUCAAGGAACGCGCUCGAGAAUGUGCCUGCCUUCCAGUGUCUCCACUCUGCCUCAGCAUCCCAUGCGAGUUGGUGCUCAACAACAUGACAGCACAUUGAGCAGUGCAGUUUCAGUGCCACAAGUAUCUCCACCUCAACAAUACUGUCCUGCUGAUAGCGUGAUAUUGAGCGCCCACAUGGCACCAACGAGUGAUGCACAACGACCGCUGAGUGAGGAGGAGGUGCGAUGGGCGUUUGAAGAUUAUAUGCAUGGAGAAAGGCAUUUAUCUCCAUUCGCCUUCACCCCAACUGCACUUUUGAAAUGGAUAGCUUGGCUUGACAAUGAUACACGGCUUUUGUUCCAUGCUAUCUUCUCCAAACCUUACAAUACACUUCGUAUCAGUCUGCUUUGCGGAUUUAAUGUCCCAUUAAUGUGUCCUGCAGACUCAACAGAAGUUGUCAACCCCUCACGCCCUACUGGCCAACAGCGUUAUAAAGCUGCCUCCCUUUCUGCUCUGAUCUACUCGCAUUUCUGUAAAAUACAGCUUUGGUUCUCAAAACGCGACUAUGGCCAGAGGUGA